AAGCCGUCGAGGGCACGCGGUGGCUGCUCACUUCCUGGUUGAAGAUGGCGGAUGAGAAUGAGACAGCACCGAUGCCGGAGAAAGAAGAUGUAGAGGAUCAUGGACACUGUAGCGACUGUGAAAACGAAGAGCACCACUCUGACGAUGGUGACAGGGGUCUGGGUGACGACACUGGCGCCAAGAAGAAGAAAAAGAAGCAGAAAAAGAAGAAGAAAUCUGGCGCCCCAGAAGCAGUUCAGGACCCCCUUGCCAAGGUGAAUUCAUUGCCAGCUGAUAAGCUACAGGAGAUCCAGAAGGCCAUUGAACUGUUCUCUGUAGGCCAAGGCCCUGCCAAAACCAUGGAGGAGGCAACUCGGAGAAGUUACCAGUUCUGGGACACACAGCCUGUGCCCAAGCUAGGGGAGACUGUGACAUCACAUGGCUUCAUUGAACCUGACAAAGACCACAUUCGCGAGGAGCCCUACAGCCUCCCGCAGGGCUUUAGCUGGGACACCCUCGACUUGGGGAACCCUGGUGUGCUCAAGGAGCUUUACACCCUUCUCAACGAGAAUUAUGUUGAAGAUGAUGACAACAUGUUCCGGUUUGACUACUCCCCUGAGUUCCUGCUCUGGGCCCUGCGGCCCCCUGGUUGGUUGCCCCAGUGGCAUUGUGGGGUGAGGGUUAACUCCAAUCAGAAGCUGGUGGGCUUCAUCAGUGCCAUUCCUGCUUCCAUCUCCAUCUACGACAUAGAAAAGAAAAUGGUUGAGAUCAAUUUCCUCUGCGUCCACAAAAAGCUUCGCUCCAAAAGAGUCGCCCCGGUUCUGAUAAGAGAAAUCACCAGACGGGUCAACCUGCAGGGUAUCUUUCAGGCGGUUUACACGGCCGGGGUGGUACUGCCCAAACCUGUGGGCACAUGCAGGUACUGGCAUCGCUCUUUGAACCCACGCAAACUUAUCGAGGUGAAGUUCUCCCACCUGAGCAGGAACAUGACUAUGCAGCGCACCAUGAAGUUGUACCGUCUGCCUGAGGCUCCUAAGACUUCCGGCCUGCGGGUGAUGACCAAGAAGGAUGUGCCAGUGGUGCAUCGCCUCCUCCGCGAGUACCUGAGCCAGUUCCACCUGGCGCCCGCCAUGACUCCGGAAGAGGUAGAACACUGGCUGCUGCCCCGGGAGAAUAUAAUUGACACUUACCUGGUGGAGAAUGAUGGCAAGGUAACGGAUUUCCUGAGUUUCUACACACUGCCCUCUACCAUUAUGAACCACCCUAUGCACCGCAGUCUAAAAGCAGCAUACUCCUUCUACAACGUGCACACCACCACCCCCCUGCUCGACCUGAUGUCCGAUGCCCUCAUCCUAGCCAAAUCGAAAGGGUUUGACGUCUUUAAUGCACUGGAUCUAAUGGAAAACAAGACUUUCUUGGAGAAGCUUAAGUUCGGCAUCGGUGAUGGAAAUCUACAGUAUUAUCUGUACAAUUGGAAGUGUCCGAGUAUGGGCUCAGAAAAGGUUGGGUUGGUACUGCAGUGACAUCUCUUUACGCCAAAACAAGUGUCACCAACGGGCCAGGAGACGGCAUCAUCGCACUGGCCACCUGGCACCUGACAGAUGGUCCGAUAACGUCCUGCUUCAGGAAAGGAGAAACCCCCACCGCCCAUUUUUACUUUUUCACCUUUUGAACUUUGACCUGCACUACCGCUGCCAGGCAGGGAGAGUCUAUCUGCUCUUCCUCGAUCACAUGGACCUUAAGCCAUUGUUACCAUCCCAAACAACUGUAUUUCAUCUGAGAGCUGUACUGAUUGUACCAAACACACAAGAACAGUUUACACAGAUUACUGUAUAUCAAACACUCGCCGUUGGCAUACCUACGAUACAUGUAAAUAAUAUCCAACAUUACUGCGGAUUAUGCCCUGACACAUGCAGACUAGAUUCUACUGUUUUGUUUUAUUCCUAAAUGUAGAUGUGCUUUUUGCUAUUCAAAUAAAUCUACCAUCCUUGUCUUUUAGAGAUUAAAGAAAAUCAAAACAAUAAAAAAAAAUAUUUUAGAGGAAAAGGCUCAAAAAGGUGAGGUAAUAAAUACCAAAACUGGACACCAGAAAAGGGUUUUUGUUAAGAUCUCUCUUGUCCUUCUUGAACUUUUUUUUAAUUUUUCUCAUCCAACCCUCUGUACCACCAGACAUUAUGGAGAUGUUUGUUUUCUGGAGUUUUUCCUCAUCUGUAUUAACUCUCAUGAACCUCCUCCCCAGCUUAAUGCACUAACAGAAGAAGCCCUGAAACACAGACUGAUGAUAAUAAUGGACCAGCUCCAGUUUGAGGGGGCAAAUCCUUUUGGAUGAUGUUGGACUGCCACAAAGAGGUUGAAUGCAUUAUCAGCAGAAAACAGAUUUGUAAUGACACCUCCUUGAUUUUAGUGUGUUCCGGUGUCAAUGUCCACCCUCAUAGGUUCUCAGGCUUUGACAUAAGUUCCUGAAAUCGGAAGUGCUUAAGAACGAUUUUGAGCUUAUAUGCAUACUUUGCUUGAGAAAAUCACACAGUAAGUCUUAAAUAUAGUCCAAAAGAUUAAUAUAAUACAAAAAUGCAAAGAUCUGUGAACAAGUUAAAGUGCACAAACUGUUUAGUUCUUAGCUCCAUAAGGAAUUACCAUGGCUUGUUAUUGUGUCAUUUGAUAACAUUACUAAUAUUGUGCUUUUCUAAGCUUUAAUUAGAAAGUGAAAUAAAGACUAUCUACACAAUAUUAAAUAUGGACACUGCAUUUGGCGAUGAUCUGUUUCCAGUCCAAGGAUUCAGGGGAGAUGUCGGUACUGGGUUUGUGAACAGCUACCUGGACUUCCGAGAAAUUGUGCAGAGUGGGUUGGCAAUGCUCCAAUUACAGCGGUUCCUAUCUGAAAUGAUGGUUACGAUUUGCAAACCAAUGUAAAAGAAUAAAGGGUCUCAUGGUUCUAUGAUGCAGGACAAGAAUGUGAA